UGCGAGCACGCAUCUCCAUACAAUAGAGCGAGACGAGCCCGUUCGAUUCGUGACUUCAAAAAAGUAUAAAUACGAGUGGGUAGUGACGACGACAUUUUUAGUGUAUCUCGUUCGUUCGUAGCGCGCGGACGCGGACGUAUUAUCGUUUACUUACUUACCUACCUAUCUAUCUAUUCGUACGUUUACGUCGUGAACUCGUCUCGAAAUGGCGCGUACCAAACAGACUGCUCGUAAGUCGACCGGAGGUAAAGCUCCUCGCAAGCAAUUGGCGACUAAGGCCGCUCGUAAGAGCGCACCGGCAACAGGAGGUGUCAAGAAGCCUCAUCGUUACAGGCCCGGGACGGUCGCCCUUCGUGAGAUUCGUCGUUACCAGAAGAGCACGGAACUCUUGAUUCGCAAACUGCCUUUCCAGCGUCUCGUCCGUGAGAUAGCUCAAGACUUCAAGACCGAUCUCCGUUUUCAGAGUUCGGCGGUGAUGGCCCUGCAGGAAGCCAGCGAGGCGUAUCUGGUCGGUCUCUUCGAGGACACGAACCUUUGCGCUAUUCACGCGAAACGUGUGACAAUAAUGCCAAAAGACAUACAGCUCGCCCGCAGAAUCAGAGGUGAACGUGCGUAAAUUAUUUGUUGAUGACCAAUUAAUUGAUUGAUUGAUGUGUGUUAUUAUUUAAUUUACUACGCCGUCUCGCGAUGCUGAUUUUAUUAUGAAGAAACAAAAAAGGCCCUUUUCAGGGCCGCAA